CGCCGCGAGCGACCAAAAAGAUCCACGAAUCGGAAAAAAGAGGAAAAACAAGGGGACAGGAAAGGUCUUGCCUUUGCUCGGCGGUGGCGACGGCGGCGAUGUCUCUCCCUCCGGCCCCGGUGGAAGGCGGCGGCGGCGGCGGCGGUUCCGCCGGCGACGAUUGGUUCCUCGACUGCGGCAUCCUCGACGACCUCCCGGCCGCGGCCUGCGGGGCCUUCCCGUGGGACGCGUCCCCGUCGUCCUCCAACCCCAGUGUGGAAGUUGGCAGCUACGUAAACACCGGUGAUGUCUUCAAGGAGCCUGGUAGUAAUAAACGUUUAAGGUCAGGAUCUUCUGGUAGGCCAACAUCCAAAGCUUCAAGGGAAAAAAUGAGAAGGGACAAGCUAAAUGACAGGUUUCUUGAAUUGGGCUCUACCUUGGAACCAGGGAAACCCGUAAAAGCUGACAAAGCUGCUAUCCUAAGUGAUGCUACUCGCAUGGUUAUUCAGCUUCGCUCUGAAGCACAGCAGCUCAAGGACACCAAUGGUAGUCUUGAAGAAAAGAUUAAGGAACUAAAGGCAGAGAAGGAUGAGCUUCGUGAUGAGAAGCAGAAGCUGAAACUAGAGAAGGAGAAUUUAGAGCACCAGAUGAAACUUAUGACCUCAACUCCAGCCUACAUGCCUCACCCAACCCUGAUGCCAGCGCCCUUCCCACAGGCGCCGCUAGCACCGUUCCAUCCCCAGGCUCAAGCUGCAGGGCAGAAGCUGAUGAUGCCCUUUGUCGGCUACCCAGGGUACCCGAUGUGGCAGUUCAUGCCACCUUCUGAAGUCGACACCUCGAAGGACAGUGAAGCGUGCCCUCCUGUCGCUUAAUCGCUGCGAGCGACGCUGGCAGCGUAUGUGAAUUAAUCGGAACCUGAAGCCCCUAGUUGUCGAUCCAUUGAUUGGGUAUAACUACUGUUAUGUGGUAGUUCGUUGGUGACUGAGUAAGCUGAUGUUUGUGGCGCCCUAUAGAGGCUGCUAUUAGCCCCUUCAAUGGCUGUACAAUUUUUUGCGGAGAAGAGAAGAAUGUUCGUUCUUUUUCUCCAUAGCAACAAUGCCAAAUUAAUUAUGUGUCACAUAUAUA